GCAGAAUAAUUUAGAAAUAUAAUGCUCACGCGUGCACUGUUUUUUUUUUUCAUAAAACCUGCAUUGUCUGAGGAUCAAGUUUACAUAAUUACCUGAAAACCCCUGUAACUUCUUUGGUACAACAGUUGACAGCUCGCACACGCGGAGAAAUGUCAAAUGCUGGGCCAGUUCGUUGGGUUGUUUUCCACAUUUUCAGAACACAAAUUUAACGUUCUUGCAAUUCAAAGGAAAAGUGCAUCGUGCUGAAUUACGUUUAACCGCAACCUUUUUGGUUUUUAGCACACAAAACAACUGAAACGGAACGGAGCAAUUGUUUGGCACUCGUGAUAUGUACUGUUGCUGCUUGGUACAGCGCGUAAUAUAAGCGAGCGAAUUAUCAAUACGAAAACAUCUUUGGAUGAUGGUAUUGCCUAAUAUUCUAGUAACGGGUACUCCUGGCACGGGAAAAUCGGAACUAUGUCAGCAGCUGACGAAAUCGCUCGGCUUCCAGUGGCAAAACGCGCUUGGGUACGGAAGGAGUAAUUUCUUUGUCGGUGAUUUUUUGCUUCUAGAACGUAUCGUGUAAGAGUAAACAAACAUGAGCUCUAGCGAAAGCUCUGAACUAGCUCAAAGUGCAAUCGGGGCAGUGCAACCACCUCGACGUCGAAAGACUACGAGCAACGAAGACAGAGAGCGCGUGGUAACGGCGUAUGAAAAUGGAGCAACUCAUGCCGCCAUUAGCGAAAUGCUGAAUAUAAAACUAGCGACAGUUUACGGUAUUGUCAAAAGAUACCAAACAGCAUUUCAGGUCGAAGCCAAGAAACGUGGUGGCAACAGGCAGAAAGUAUUGUCGCAGCAAGCCAUAAGCGAUAUUCAAUGCUGGAUCAACGACGAUUGUACGGUGACGCUAAAAUCACUCGCACAAAAAUUGUUGCAGGAACACGGUGUGCGAGUUUCCACUACCACCAUAGCGAGGGAAAUAAAAGGCUUCAACGACCCCUUGAAGAUGGUGAAGGUAAUACCGGAGCGGCGUAACACACCGACGACCAUCGAGACGUCAACACGACCACCUACUCCACCAGACCAUUCCUACUGUCCAUCACCGAGACCAUCAUCAGUGUUAGUAGAGGAAAAUCUUCCCUCAUCUGAAAUGACGAAUGUAAGCGAAACCGAAGGAUGUCAAUCAUCAUUGCAAUCAUCCACAUCGACUGGCGGCACGGCAACCACAUUAAAUGAUGUUGAAGGCAACCUCUAUGCUUUAACUAAAUUAGUAACCAACGUAGCAGCAGAAGUUCGACUUAUCUUUAAUGUAGUUUGUGGUGGAUCGGACACUAUGCAGCGAUCUUUAAAGUUCCCUAGGAUAGCGACUUUAACAUCCUUAAAAGAUUUGAACGAAAAGUUAGGAAGUAAUAGCAUAUACAUGGCGGAAAUGAUAUCCUAUUUUUUACACUUGCUGAAGCUGGAAAACGAUAUUGAUCGUAGACUAACUAUUAUGUUAGACUUGAUGUUUGAUAGGGAGUUUUUUUCCAAAUGCAGCUGGACAGGGUUAGAAUUUCCGGAACCUAAAAUACGAUUGUGUGAAUUCGUUUUCGUGAUAUGCUUGUUCAAAACCGCUGGUAGCAACAAUUUUAUUCAGUUAACUGAUGAAUUCGUCAAAGAAUUUUUUUCGAAGAAAUUACAUCAUGGAAAAAGUCGAUGCUUCACAAAAAGUCAACGAUUGUUCGAAUCACGAAAGCGUAGAAAAUCGGAAUAGCAAAAGUUUUCCACAAGUUUUCCUACUUGUAGGGAAAUCUGUAAUCGCAACGCCCGUGCAUACCAGUACACUUUAAGAUAAAUGCUGAUGAGAUGACUUUCACCGGUUCUACAAGUGAACGGAGGAUAUUUUCAUCGUUUCCUAAUUUGAUAAAUUAGAACGUACAUGUAGAAUAAACAUAUAUUAACUC